AUGGACACGGAAGUCUCAUUUUCCACGCCGAACCUGGUGGAGGAGCACUCUGACGCGCUGGCGCGUCACAACUCUGACGGCGGAUAUAGCUUGAUAGAUUACUAUGCGGAAAACCGCAGGGAGGAGCCGUUCACGCUGGUGAACCCGCCUCAUAGAAAGACCUUGACACGAACAGAGUCGAUCCAGUCGCUGAAGAAGUCGCGAACGUCGCUGGAGCGGGUCCAGAGCAAGAUUGGCGAGUCGAUCCACCAGGAGCCAAACCGUUUGAACGCGAUUCUCGCCAGCGACAGAGACAGGUACGGGUUUCGCAAAAGCAACCACUAUGUCAAGAUCGAGGACUACGACGAAUGGUGGACGCGGUACUCGCAGUACCUGUCGCGGAGAAAAAAGAAGUGGGAGAAGCUGAUGGCGAAAAACGGACUGCUGGUCGCCAAGAAGGGCAGUCCGACCAGGUUUCCGGCCCGGUCUGAGGAGCUGCGACGCUACGUUCGCAAGGGCAUUCCGGCAGAGUGGAGGGGCGACGCCUGGUUCUAUUUCGCCAAAGGCUACGACAAGCUGAAAGAUAAUAAGGGCGUUUACGACAAGCUGGUCGACGAGACCAUGAACAUGAUCAACGAAAAUACAGAGGCUAUUGAGAAAGACCUGCAUCGAACGUUCCCGGAGAACGUUCAUUUUAACGACAUUACGCGCAACGGGGUUACCGAGGAAAGCCCGUUGCUGCAGACCCUGAGACGUGUGCUCAAGUGUUUCUCCAAGUACAGACCCUCGAUCGGUUACUGUCAGUCGCUUAAUUUUAUUGCCGGGUUAUUGCUGGUAUUCUUGGACGAGGAGCGCGCCUUUUGGAUGCUGGUUAUUGUGACCGAGAGAUACCUCCCUGGGAUUCACGAGUUCAAUUUGGAAGGAGUCAAUGUGCACCAGGGCGUGUUGAUGCUGUGUUUGAGACAGUAUUUACCGAACGUUUGGGCUCUGAUCAACGAGAGUUCGCAUUCCAACAACAACUCGUUUCUGUACGAACUGCCCACGCUGUCGUUCUGUACGACCAGCUGGUUCAUGAGCAUUUUUGUCGGUGUGCUGCCGAUCGAAACAACCUUGCGGGUGUGGGAUUGUCUGUUUUACGAGGAGUCGAAAGCGAUUUUCCAGGUUAGUCUGACGAUAUUCAAGCUACUGGAGCCCCAAAUGCUUGAUCUCAGCCACAAGCGGUCGGAGGACGACGGCAUUUUGAGCGCAGAGCUUUUCCAGAUGAUCCAGAACGCGCCGAAGCGGCUAUUGGACGCCAAUGCGCUGAUGGAGGAAUGUUUUAGAUUCUCGAGCUUCAGCAAGCUUUCGCAGGAGGAGAUUCUAAACUGCAAAAAAUACGUCAUCGAGAGCCGCAGCAGGUACAACGAGCUGAUCAAGCGGCGCAGUGCAGUUGGCAUGGACGAACAGGAACGUAAGGAGCUGAUGCGCACUGCUGUUCUCCUAGAGAACAAGCAGAUCGGACUCAAGAGCAUGAACUGGAACGGUCGUCUAAACAGCCGUAUGCGGCGUAUCCAGCAGCGUAUCCGCUAG